GCCAAAGUUUUCCUCCUCCUCCUCUCCUCUCUCCCCUCCGCCGGUUCCCCUCGUCCUCCGCCCAGGCAGCCCCGAGCGAGCCGUCUCCCGGGCCGGUCCCCCGGCGCGGUUUGCAGCUGAAGGAUGCGUCUGCCGGCACUUCGGCUGCUCCUUUCGGACACCGGUGUUGUGCUGCGCUUCUCUCCGAUGGGCAAUGAGGAAUAAAACGUUGCUGGAGCGUCUUCCGCUUCUCUGAGGGCUGGAAAGGAGCGAAGGCGAGACUUUGACCGCAUCUUGCAGAGGGAUCUGCGAAUUUGCAGAGGAAAGGGGCUGUUGGGCAAAAAUAAUCAGAUGCUUUAGCAACGCCGGAGAGGCAGUGCUACGUUGUUUUGCUUCGGCCCCAUCAUGGGUACUGGCAUGUGUUCGAGGAGGCAGAAGGGGCUUCUGCAGACCGGGUUUUGCCUGGUGACUGUGGCCUGUUUGGGCUCGGGAGUUUUCAUGUACAACCACUUGCAGCAAAAGGUGCGGAACGCUGAAGCCCUGGCCCAGAAAUACAAACAGCAGCAGGAAGCGCUGUCUGCCCAGCUCCAAGUUGUGUAUGAGCACAGAUCCCGGCUAGAACGAUCCUUGCAGAAGGAGCGAGGGGAACACAAGAAGACGAAGGAAGAUUUUUUAGUGUAUAAGUUAGAAGCUCAGGAAGCUCUCAACAAGGAGAAGCAAGAUUCUAUGAACAGAUACGGGGCCCUCAGUUCCCAGCACAAGAUACUGAAGAACCAGCAUGAAGAUGUCAAGAAGCAGCUGCUUGACCUGCAGCUGCAGCACAACAGCUUGAAACUGGAACAUCGUAAGACGCUGGAGACCCACAGCCAGAAAUAUGCCCAGCUGCAGCAGGAGAAGGACAGUGAAGUCACAAACUUGCAGGACACAGUCUUUAAACUCAGAGAAGAGAGCAGGCUUCUUCGGAAGGCCCACCAGGAGGUUCACUCUCAGCUCCUUAAUGCCCAGGCCCAGAUGGAAGAGUUCAGGCAGCUCAAGGAAGCUCUACAGAAGAUGCCAAGUUUCAAAGGAGGAGGAGCUGGGAAGGGGCAGCAGCAGUUUCAGGUGCUGAAGGAGCAGCCCAUGGUGCCAGCCAACAGCCAGUUGCAGCUCGUGAGGCAGAAGGCUUUUCCAGUCAAUCAGGAGAAUCGCCCUGUCGGGAACCCGCUGGCAUCACAAGUCUCUGGGGUUCAGAAGCAGGCAGAUGGCCCUCUGCUGCAGGGCCAGAACUCAUACAGUAACGAUGGUCCGAGGCCACAGGCUAACGUGCUCUUUACCCAUCCAGCCCCGCUGCAAGAUGCCAAUUCACUGCCAGAUGCUAUGCCAGCCUGGCCAGCAAGACGUGGGGAUGGCCAUGUGAUCCGAUUCACCCGGACCAUGAACAGUCUACCAAAUGGGAACCCAGAUCUAAAGAUGGUGAUGCGCAUUCAGGUGAAAAGCAAUGAGGAAAGCCAGGCUCCUGGAUUGUCACUGUCUGAUCUGAAACAACCCUCUGCAGCAGAAAAACCUCAGAUGCCAGACAACCACCACUCUACAGGGAACAAACAGGUGCAAAUGCAAAGCUGGAAAGACAUAGUUAACAAAGUGAAUGCCCAGAUGGAUGAAGAACAAGUGCACAGUUACCCAAAGAGCCUUCAUUUUGAUUCCAAGCCUGGGCAAGAGAUGCAGAAAGGCAGCCCACAGCCACACAAUCAGAAGAGAGAGGAAGAGCAUCAAAUAGCUGAUCAGGAAGGCGAGAAGGAAAGGACAGAUGAUGAGGAACUCGAAAUGGAUGCAGGAGUGAUUGAGAGAGAGGAGAACUUGCGUUCUCAGAAAGAGACUGUUGUCCAGGAACCAAUGAUGCCAGAUGAUGCUGCAGAUCCUGCCCAGGAUCCCAAUAACCAAGGUGAGGAUGAGUUUGAGGAAGCUGAGCUGGAGAGACCUGACUUUGAAGAGAAGGUGGGAGGUUUGGAGAAGUUCAAGGAGCCCAGCGUGAAAGAAGAGUCUAAGGAGAAGCCAUUGAAGGAUGCUGGCAGACCUGCCAAGCCCAGGGAAGACCCAAUGGAUGACUACCAAGAAGAUCAGGAGCAAGAAAUUGAGGAUCAUGGAGGUGAGGUGGAUGACAAUGAUGACCUGGAACUUGUGCAAGACCAGAAAGACCAUGCAGGCAUACAGGGAGCUGAUGGCAAGAAGGAUGACUACUACUGAAAGAUGCUGAAGGAAAAUGGAAUAUGCUAGGAACGAGGGGAUGGGAACUCCUUCUGGGAACUGGCUCCUGUAUUAAACACUGCCCAGAACAGACAAAGGCAGGAGGAGAUAACUGUCUUCACAGGCAGCGAGCAGGGUGCUUGCAGAUGUGCAUUACAUCUAUGUGUGGAGCCAUUGCUGCCUCUCUGGUCAAUAGCAUGGAAGUGCUCUCAGACUGUAGGAAUGAUUUUAUCCUGCUGCUUUCCUUAGAAGCACUUUUUGAUUGAUUGUGUUCUUCACCCUGUUGUUUUCCCUAUCCCCUCCCAAGCUGGAGAGUUAUUCUUUUUUUUUUUUUUUUAAUCCUCUGGGCAGUGGAGGGGUGCCUGAAUUGGUCCCUGGACUUACUCGACUGAUUGCUAAUACAAAGGAAUCUGUCUUCAUAAAA